CAUGGUGGAGAGUGAGAGGCGAAGGCACUCCUAUAUAACACUAGCGGCCGCCUCUUGCUUCGUCUAGUCCACAGAGGAACUACGAGACAUGCGUGCGUCAGGAGUACUGGUGGUGGUCCUGGCGGUGGCGGCUGGGGUCCUCGCCUCCCCGGGUGGUUUUGGCAAAGGUGGCGGCUACGGUGGUGGUGGUGGUAAGGGUGGUAAGGGCAAGGGUGGCGGCGGAGGCGGCGGCUACGACUACGAGUACGUAUACGUGCCAAUCACCGUACCCGUCCACUACUACCACACCGUCCACUAUACCAGUGGAUAUGGCGGCGGGGGCGGCGGCUAUGGAGGAGGACAUGGCGGCGGCGGUGGAUUCAUCGGCGGUGGACAUGGCGGAGGUGGCGGCGGCGGUGGAUUCAUUGGCGGCGGCGUUGGCGGUGGUGGACAUGGCGGUGGUGGCGGUGGAUUCGUCGAUGGUGGACAUGGCGGGUGGCGGGGAUAUGGUGACGGCGGCGGCGGCGGCGCGGUGGAUUCAUUGGCGGCGGCGGCGGCGGUGGAUUCGUGGCGGCGUGGCGGUGGAUAUGGUGGCGGCGGCGGCGGUGGCGGUGGAUUCAUCGGCGGUGGACAUGGCGGCGGCGGCGGAGGAUUCAUCGGCGGUGGUUAUGGCGGCGGCGGUGGAUUCGUCAGUGGGGGCGGCGGUAGUCAUGGAGGAUAUGGGAAGUAG